UCCCUCCCAGAUCCAAUCAAAGUCACAACCCAUUGCCCUCCCACCCCCGGCCUCCAUCUCCAUUCCUGCGCGCGUCGGCCACCUCCCUCCGGCGGAGCUCGACCCCCACCCCCAAGCCCAGCCGCUCCACCCUCUCCUGUACCCAUCCACAGAUCGAGCAAGGGGUGAGGGAGCGCCCAGAUCCACCACCCUACCAAAACGAGAUACAACACCAGAUUCCUCCUUCUUCCUGACCUCUGGUGGCACCGUCGCAGCCACCUUUAACGUCGCGGCUCUCCUACUUUGUCUAGCCUCGCGUCCACGCCUCCCCUGCCCCUCGCCCCUCGUGCCCACGCCUCCCCUGCCUCUUGUCGGACUCACCAUCCUAUGCUGCACCAAGGAGAUGGGCGUGUGUGAGUCCGCCCUCUCGGGGGAGGCAGAGGGGCACCGUGGCGGUGAUGGGGAAUAAGAUCGCAGGACAACGCAGGCCUCGGCGAUGCAGUCCUACCUGCACGACCUGCCCUCCACCUACAACCUCGUGAUGCUUGACCUCGUCAGGCGUGGCCGCCUCCUCUACAAGCACAAUGAGGGCCGCCUUCUCGUCAAGAUCUACUUCAAGCGCGCCGGAGAGCCCCUCGAGCUCAAGGACCAUGAUUCGGAGGCUGGAGCAGAUCCGGAGGGUGUUCCAGGGACUCGAGGGCUCCCAUAUCUGGCCCUUCCAGUGUUUAAUUUUUCAUAGUCAGUCACCGCCGGAUUCGAGGGUGGAGCCCGAGCCUCCACUGGAGCAUGGAUCAGACGUGCAGGAGGUGGAGCUCCGCAUGGAUCAUGACAUGGUCGUCGCGGGGGCAAGGAUCAUCAAGUCUGCAGGCGGCAUCAGGGGAGGUGCAGUGCCAGCUGCUGGACAUGGUUCACCCUGGGUUGCUGCUGAUGCACAAGGUGAAUUUCGAUGCCAAGACGGAGUAUGAAAUGAUUGAGAACUACAAGAUUCUCCUGGAUGUGUUCAACAAGCUGUAGAUAGGCAAGGUACAGUGGUGAUUCUCCUGGCUUAGCUCUCUACCUGUGGAUUUAUCCGUGAUUGUGUCUUGCAUUUUGUCAUCUGGGAAAGCAAAGGUGAUUUGUCUAUAUAGUAGUUUGGUUUAUAUAUGCCGUGUGUGGGGAUUCAGUCUGGAACAGUCGUGUGUGAUUGAUGUCAACAUGUGGUAUAGCCACAAGAUGAUUCGAUAACUGACUAAAUUUGUUGUGCACUACUGAAGUUAUCCUCAUUGCUGUGUAUAGUACUAAACUUGUACAAUUCUUGUCCUUUUUCCACACAACAUUAAGAUUAGAGUCGUGCUUUCUGAAUGUUUUGCCAAUUUUUAUGUCCUGUGAGCUAGCAAACUGAGCUACGGGUGCUUCAUCUCUGUCCUUCAGCUUCUAUACUUAUGACAAUUAAAUAGAGGAUCUAUUUUGCUCCCUGCUCUGAUUGGUUUCAAUCGAUAUUUGUCUCAUCUAGCACUCUGAGUAUCAGUAUGUUGUUUUAACCCUGAUUAUGACGUGGUAGUAUAAAGUGGACACCAUAUUCCUAUUUAAAUGCAUAACGAUUUUUUUUCCCAUCAUGUCCUGGUUUACCCAUGUCAGAUUUGUUCCUUCCGGAACUCUUGGUCCUUCAUAUCUAAAGUUUACAUGUACUGUACAAGCUCUACUUUAUGCUAAUACUUGCCUUUGUAACAUUUUGCAUUGCAUACUUCUAAAUGGACAAGUACAUGCGAUGUCCAUCAUGAACGAUGAUGCAGACUAGAUCUACCACUACAGAACCAUCCAUCACAUAAACACAAAGUCAGAUGUUUUGCAUCAGGAAGAAGCAGUACUUGAGGAAGCAGAUUACAUGUUUUCCCGCCAUGAAGCACUAGAUAGGCUUGUUCUAUUUAUUUUUGCUGUUCUAGAGUAUUUCAGCAGCUGAAUGCUUGACUACAACAUGUUGUAGGUUGCUUGGAUCUGUAUAAAAUACGUAUGUGAUGGAAAUUUGUAGAAUGUGCGUUUUGAGAUAUUUCCGUAAUAUUCAGCUAAUUGGUGGUAACUUGAUUCA